AUGACUCCGUCUCCAACGAUGCCGCCACUCCGCCGUCUGCCCUCUCGAUACCCUCUCGCAGUUCAUUUCCACAAGCAGUCGAAUUCGGAAUGCUUGAACCGAGCCACCCCCGCCGCCAAUCAUGUACUGUACGACGCUCAGUCUGCUGCUGCCGGAGCGCCAUGCAAGCGAAAGCUGGACAGUUUUUACGACGACCUGAAGAAGCGAUUGCAGGGACAUCGCAUUGGCUGGGAACGGUUUAAGAUAGUCUUUCAGGCGAGGAAACUGGAGGAGGCGGUCAAGAGCCUUCAUAGACAAUGUGCCGCCUUGAACGAAUUGGUGGUCCUAGACACCCUGGCUCUCGUUGUCCAUGUUCACAAACAAGUCACAGACGCGAGGAAAGAGCAACAAGGCUGGCAAGUGGACCGAGAGGAUAAAGCCAUCCUCGACUGGAUCACAACGGCGGACUAUAGCACGCAGCAGAGCGAUUUCGUCAGACGUCGGCAAGCGGGCACUGGUCAGUGGCUAUUGGACUCGGCGGAAUACCAGCAGUGGAUCGAAACGUCACAGCGGACUCUAUUUUGUCUAGGCAUCCCUGGAGCUGGCAAGACAAUUCUUACAUCGAUUGUCAUUGACAACCUCUAUAUUCGGUUCCGGGAUGACGAGCACGUCGGCAUAGCAUUCCUAUACUGUAACUUUCGACGACAGGCGGAACAGAAGGUUGAAGAUCUACUAUCAAGCUUGCUGAAGCAGCUAUCCCAGAAUCACACAUCCUUGCCAGAGUGCGUCAGAAGUCUACAUAGUAAACACAAAGGCAAGACUCGGCCAACCCUCGAGGAACUAUCUAGAGCACUGCAGACUGUGGCGAAGAUCUUUUCAAGGACCUUCAUCGUUGUCGACGCUCUUGAUGAAUGCCAGCUAUCUGAUGGUAGUCGACAUCAGUUUCUGACGGAGAUAUCCGCGCUGCAGACCACGUCUAGAGCCAACUUCAUCGCAACAUCGAGAUAUACUGCAAACAUUACCGAAAUGUUCACGGGCAGCGUAUCACUGGGUAUUCGAGCACGCGCGGAAGAUGUCCAGAGAUAUCUCAAGGGCAACAUGGCUCACAUGCCGGCAUGUGUCAAUCGGAGUCCAGAUUUACAGGCUGAGAUUACAACCAAGAUCGUCGAAGCUGUCGAUGGAAUGUUCCUUCUUGCGCAACUGCAUCUCGACUCCUUGAAGGGGAAGAGAUCCCCCAAAGCUGUCCGCUCGGCUCUGAGCGUGUUGCACGCCGGCUCUCAAGCGUAUGACCUUGCGUACGAUGAUGCGAUGAAGCGCAUCGAGGGUCAGCGCAAGGACGAGGUGGAGCUCGCGAAGCAAGUUCUGUCGUGGAUCACCUGCGCCAAGCGGCCGCUAUCCACAAUAGAGCUCCAGCAUGCACUUGGUGUUGAAGUGGGUGAAACGGAGCUGGACCUCGACAACAUCUCACAGCCAGAAGACAUAAUGUCUGUUUGUGCGGGACUGGUCACGGUGGACGAGGAGAGCAACAUCAUCCGCUUGGUGCACUAUUCUACGCAGGAAUAUUUCAUGCGCACGUGGAAACGAUGGUUUGCAGAUGCACAGACGGAGAUCACAAAGGUCUGCGCCACAUCUCUAUCGUUCAGCUCUUUUGAGUCGGGGUUCUGCCGCACAGAUGCCGACUUCGAGGACCGAUUACGACUCCACCCUCUCUACGACUACGUCGCCCACUUCUGGGGUGACCAUGCUCGAGAGGCCGGAGAAACUUCUCCGGCGGUUCUUGGUUUACUUAGGAACGAGAAAAAUGUUGAGGCACAGGUUCAGGUCCUGUGGGUGGCCGAAAGGUUUCGCCCACGAGGAUACAGCCAGCGGUUUCCAAAGAGAAUGCAAGGGCUCCAUGUCACAGCAUAUUUUGGGCUAGAAAAAGCUGGGAAGGGACUUUUGGACAGCGGCGACAGACCAGACAUGAAGGACAGUUAUGGCCGGACGUCGCUAUCGCGGGCUGCGGAGAACGGACGCGAAGCGAUGGUAAAGCUACUUCUCGAUACGGAAAAGGUCAACUUCAACUCCAAGGAUGGAGACGGCCGGACACCACUAUCAUGGGCCGCUUUGAAAGGAAACGAGGCGGUAGUCAAGAUGCUUCUCGAUAAGGAAAACGUCGAUGUUAACUCGAGGGAUAGUCAAGGCCGGACACCACUAUAA